UCACAUGACGCGUCGACGUCACGCUAUCGUACGCUUUUGGAUUCGGGCUGGAGAAGAUGGCGGCCUCCUCAGGAGUUAAAGUUCCUCGUAAUUUUCGUUUGUUGGAAGAGCUUGAAGAAGGGCAGAAGGGUGUUGGUGAUGGCACAGUGAGUUGGGGUCUGGAGGAUGACGAGGACAUGACUCUCACACGGUGGACAGGCAUGAUCAUUGGACCUGCGCGAACUAAUUACGAAAACAGGAUAUACAGCCUGAAAGUGGAGUGCGGACCUAAAUACCCCGAAGUACCACCGACUGUUAGAUUUGUAACAAAAAUUAGCAUGAAUGGAAUAAAUAAUUCCAAUGGGAUGGUGGAUGCACGUAGCAUACCAAUUCUAGCAAAAUGGCAAAACUCAUAUAGCAUUAAAGUCGUUCUUCAAGAGCUAAGGCGUCUUAUGAUGUCCAAAGAGAAUAUGAAGCUUCCUCAACCACCGGAAGGCCAGACAUACAGCAAUUAAUUGUAAAUGAUUGUGACCCUCUGUCUUAAACCUUACUCUCUUAGAAAUGUCUUGUAAAUCACCAGAAAACAAAACAAAAUCAUUUAUUGCUCACUCCACUGUCAAAACAGUCUCCGCUGCAGGAGCAAGAUUGGACAUUUCUAAUAGUUUAGCUUGAGAAACCAAGAAAGGAAAAUGUCUAUAAUGUGUUGGCACCAUGUUCAAUUGUAUUUUAAUAUUGCGAGUGCACAAAUCUCUUCCAGUAACGUUACAUCGAUCACGAGCUUUAUGUUGAACUGAAUCCUGUCUGCAUAGACGCAGAAGGCAUGUUAGAACUGUGAGGUUUAUAUUGAUCUAUACAUAUUAAGUUUUAAGUGACUGGACACCAAAACAAGAAAUUAGGAUGCAUAUAUGACGGCAUGCUUAUUAAAGUGAAAAUGAAAAAGCACCUGAAUUGUUUGUUUACUGAAUUUAUUUUGUGUAUCUGAACCCCUCACUGAUAAUAUUGUUAAGGGUCCUAAAAGUGUGCCUGUAGUCUACUAGUAGUAUUGCAGAGGGGUGUGAGUGGUUCUGAACUCUCUUCUUUUUUUGUUUUUAUUUUUAAUGUCUGUAUUUGACACAAUGGCAGUUUGUUUCAGCGUGGAAGCUCUUAACUUGUACACGGAUGCUUUGUUCUUUUCUCAAAUCAAACCAUGCACUUAACAUGUUGGGUGCAUUAAAAUGUGACUCUCCAAUCCACUGUCAGACUCUGUUUGUAUAUCACCACAGAAAUAUGCUGAGAUGUUACAAAACAGCAAACCCUUGCCAUUCAGGCACGAGAUAUAUUCAAAUCACAUGAAUCAUUUGAUUUGAAUCACACAGCCUAACUCGGUGUUCGUUAAUUGUACACCAAACUAAACCUAAACGUUCCAGUAAAAGCUCACAGAGAUGCAUUUCAUGCCAGUGCCAAUUAACUGAUCAAGAGAAUAAAUGCAACAAGUUCUUAGUGUGUUGUGGUAUAUAAAAUGUAACUUCCUAAACGCAUGUAUUACAUUUUCUUUUUAUUUUGAUGAGCUGCAACAUGUAUACACUGCUGUUUUAAAUACAUUUUAAGGUGACGUACUGUGAAAAUCCCAUUAAAGAGUGAGUUUGGAAGGUGUUCUCAUUAAGGUUAGGUUUUUUGAAUCACUUUGUGUAAAUGGUGAGGUUUUGCUGUACAAAACUUGCCCUUGCUUAACCACAGUGCUUUAAAACCACCUAUAACUGCAAUGGCAUGCUGUUAUGUAGCUAUCAUUACAACAAAUUAUUACUUCAGUAAUUCGCUGUUAUAAUCCUUAGGUACUCUAACAAAGUUAAUAAUUGUAAUUCCAGUGAAUGGUAGGGGUUUGUUGGACUGUUCCUUUAUGCUUCGGUUAUGACAAUUUCACUAAAAUCUUCAUUAGCAAAACAAAUAGGCUGGUCAUUGUGCAAAUUAAUAUAUGUAGUGGCAAUUUCUUAUGGCCUCGACAUUUUUCAGAGCCACGUAUAAAUCACUCUGCUUUUGAUUGACUUGUGUAAUGCAUCUAAGAAACAUGUUUCCUCCCUGUUCGUUUUGUUUUGUUUCUUUUUUUAUUUAAAAAAAAGACAUAUAAUCAAAUUAAGUUGAAUUUGUGACACCGGGGCCAUGUUCAGAAUAAUAAAACAAACAUUGUGGAACACA